GUAAGUACUGUCUUCACAAGCAGUGACACCUAGGUUUAUACAGUUAUUUGAAAAUCUAAUUUAUAAAAUAUUCAAAUACCCUCAUACCUGCUUAAUAACCAGCCGAAAACUACAGUGCCCUAAUUUAAAAAACCCUGCAUGCCAGUUACUCUAUUUGUUAUUCAAAUUUCACAUUCUUUUUUUCGUCUUUUCUAGAUUUAGCUGUCAGAUUAUCACCUUUUUCAGUUCUGUUGUAGUGAUUCAUUUUGAUGACAGAAAACUAAUCCCUAGAGAGUUGAUGUGUACUGUUAUGUCUGACUUCAACAAUACAAUAAUUAUUCCAUCUUAUAUUCUCUUAAAUGAAUCUAUAAUCAAAUUAUUUAUGUAUGUAUGCAACACUGUGCUCUAUUCUCAGUCCUUACAUAACAAACAGUGCUUCUUAAUCAGCAAGAUACCUUAGUUUUAAAGAGUUUUCCUGCAUAAGGCAUGUUAUGGAUGUGAUCACCAUUGAUGUAAAUGAUGUGGGUGCCCUUGACAUGGAUCUUAACAGGGUCGAGUUUUGAGGGGUUCUUUGCAUCAAAAGGUGCAGCUUUCUCUAUUCCUGAUGGAGACUUUGCAAGAAAAGCAUCUAAACAUGGAGGCGAGAUGCAAGUUCAUCUGCAGUCCAUGGUUAAUCUCUUGCGUGAUAAUGAUGUGCUCAGACUUGUGGUAAAAUUAGAGACCAAGUACUAUCUUCCCGGCAAAGUGCGCUACCUGGCUGUAGUGUCAUCAUUCAGCCUGGACGACAUUGAGGAGAGUGUAGUUCUCGGGAUUGACUGGGUUGAUGAAAGUGCAACAAUCGGACUUGUGUUGCCAUUAUGGAGAGACACAGCAAUAGAGUUGGAUGGAGAUGGGGGGUUUGAGCUCUCUACAAACUCUACCGUGCAUUUUCUCAAGCCUGUCUCUGUGCAGACAAUGUGGACUGCAUUUCAGUGGAUCCACAAGUGCUCUGACAAUGCCAGGAGAAAUAAUCAAUACCCUGCAGGUACCUCGCAUUCGUGGGUGAAAUACUACGAGAACCAAAUCAGCUCAGACCAAACUUGCAUCAAAGAAUGGUUUGAAACUGAAGAAAAUCUUAAGAUUGCAGAUGACUCUGUUGGAAUAAGCAAAGAAGAUGAACUUCUUAGAAAACUUUUGCGACACAAAUUAAGAGAGGUUAUGAUGACGGUAGAUCUUGAAGAAGUCACUAGCAGACAGGUGCGUGAGCUAGUGGAAGCGGAAGUUCAGAUGGAUCUGAAACAGUACAAGCAAUAUAUUGACAAAGAGAUGCUAACCAUCUUUGGCCAGAUGGACUCGGCUUCUAAAAUAUAUGACCAUGUUUAUUUGGGAUCAGAGUGGAAUGCAUCCAACUUGGAAGAACUCAAAGAAAAUGGAGUUGAAUAUGUGCUCAACAUCACUAAAGAAAUUGAUAACUUCUUUGCUGGGACGUUCACCUACUUCAACAUCAGGUUGUGGGACUUGGAGGACUCGAAUCUCCUGCCCUACUGGGACGAAACCUUCAAGUUCAUUAAUCAAGCCAGGGAUAAGGGCUCUAAAGUGCUGGUCCACUGCAAGAGGGGGAUUAGCAGAUCUGCCUCUACGGUGAUAGCAUAUGGUAUGAAGGAGUACGGCACGAGUCUGAAUGACACCAUGAAGCACGUGAAGUCUCGAAGGCAGUGCGUUAACCCUAAUCAGGGAUUCUGGAAGCAACUUAUUACUUACGAAGGCAUUCUUAAUUCAAGUCGCCAUAGAUACAACGAGCUGUUCAACAACAACAAACAGCGGUCCAACUCGGAAAUUAUACGGGAAACGAAGCGUAAAAGACGACGGCACGGUCGCCAUAAGCACAGCACCAUAACAACAACUCGCACUCCAGAGGUCGACAUGGUUAUCAAUAAAACCAAACGUAACUCAAUAGAGAGGGAUACAUUCGGGGAUAUCAUAACUGAGGACUCUGUUGGCGAGGGUGAGAGUGAUGAUGGUGGUAGCGCUGGUUUUGAGGAUGAUGAUGAGGAGGAGGAAGAGGAUGGGUCCAUUAUGAUGAUGAGAUUCCUAAGGGACACUAGCUCAGGUGACGAUGUGUUCUAUUCUUGGGAGACUGAAGACAUCGAUAGCACUACUCCUGUGCGUAGUAGCACGCCUGAUCCCGAUCAUAUCGGAAUAAAAGAGGAUCAGAGCAUAGUAAACAAAGGCGAGAAGAGAAGGCCUAUUCAUCGAACGAACUCUAGUCCUAUGCUGCGUAAAAAGGUCAAACGGAAGAGCCAUAAGAAGACUUUGGAUAACAGCGAGCUUGAUAGGUGCCAAUCUUUACGGGAGAUGUUAACAGGGCGAGUAGCAGCGCUGAGGGAAGACCUACAAGGAAACAAGGGUAGAUCAACUGGUGUAAAAAUAGCAAAGACUCUUUCAACAGAGAGCGCUGAAGAGACAUGUAAAGCAGGUGAGACUAUUGAAGAGCCGGUGCCUGAACGGGAAAUCCAGCUUGUGCCGCUACUGAACGAGAAAAAUGAACUGUUUAUUAAUGAUGGAGACGAGGAGAUUUUUGAUACGGGAUUGAUGGAAGGAGAGACCCCUGAUGUCGGCAGUUCGGAGGACCUACAUCAGAACGUCGAUGCUCAUGGUUUAAGCGCUGUGAAAACAGGUACAGUGAAACGACAAUCUAGAAACUUUGAAGAAGGAAAGGUGAACCUCCCUUGGGAAUGGGAGAAAAUGGGUCCUGAUCCAGCGUCAGAACCAAAGGAAGUAAUUACCUUUCUACUAAAAGAGACGACGGGGGUUCAAGGGGCUCCAGUGCCAGAGGUAGAUCCUGGGGUAGUCAGGAAGCAUGCAUCCGCCUUAGAGAAAAAGUACCUUGGGGUGCAAGAGAGGGAAUCCAAACUAAGUGGAUCUGACUCAGAGAUUGACCAUGGGAGCACAGAAAGCCCAGUGUCUAUACCACCGAAGAAACUGAUAAUCCCAGAAACAUCCUUCGCGAUCGAAAGUGUUGGUAAAACACCCCAAGUCGAGCAGGGCUUUGUAGGUAUUCUUGAUACCAGUGCAGUGCGGCGUAAGAUCAACGAAGAUAUGCACAAAGAGAAGCAACAAAGGCGGCGGCUGAGUGGUGAACAAAAAAUACAGAACAUGACUUCUACAGCAGCUGGAAAUGUUAAAGCUGUUGAGGUCAUGGAACCUGACUUAGGAAAGUCGAAAGCGGCGGUGACUUUAAAGGACUCUGAUGAGGAGCCUAUAAAGGGAAUUGUCCGAAAACAUGCGAAAGGGUUUGAAGAAAGGCAUAGGGGACUAGAAGUUGGUUCAAACCUUGACCAGGAUUCUUCGCAGCAGCUGAAUGCUGAGACUUUAGAGGCUUUGCCUUUUAUCAAGAAUACGAAGGCUUCAAAGUACAAAGCGAAUCAAGAGCCUGAAGAGUCUAAAGACGAUUUCGAUUUAGAUUUGAUGCUCCUGAAAGUCAGUGAAGAUAAAAAGAAACAAAAGCUCGUCCAUCAGUCAGAGUCAUUGGAGGGAAACAUUACGACGGUAGCCCCUUUAGAAGAUAAGGCGGAGCUUGAUCCAGCUGAUCGGGAUGACUGGGGAGAAGGAACUGUUGACGAAAUUCCUAGACCUGGCACAGUUCGGAGAAAUACUGAAUUACUUCUUGGAAAAUCGUCAACCAAGGAAGAAGCUAAAGAGGAAUUGGUGACCGUUUCGAAUGUUAACUCAGAUUUAGUGCAUCUAAAAUCAGCACCGAGCCGAGAGGCAGUUCCUGCACAGCAUAUUGUUGAAAACUCUGGAGCGAAAGUGUUUUAUUUUGAGAGGACAGUUUCCGCUGAAGCUCCGAGCCCUCCGGGAUCAGUAAAAAGGAACAAGCAAAUCUUUGAAGGGAAAAGGGAACAAAAUGCAGAUGAGAACAUUAUAUUACCGGAGGUCCCACAGAAUGAAGAAAUAGAGGCUGGAGUGAAAGACGAGGAGGAGGAAACCUCGAAAGAGGAUUCUGUUUUAAGUCCCACUGGAGCAGUAAAAAAACAGACACAACUCUUUGAAGGGAAAGGUGAAUUCUCUUCAGGCUGGACCAAAAGUUCGAAAAAGGAACCGGAGAUAAUAAAAGUAGCAGUUGGGGAAAGAGAAGCGGAUGCAAUGUCGAAGGAGGACUCUCUUCAAGGGCCCACUGGAGCGGUGAGAAGGCAGACAAAACUCUUUGAGGGUAAAGAGUCGCUUGAAAGUAACUUUAAAGACGAACCAAAAUCAGAUGUGAGCAAAACGUCCCAAAACGAUCUGGAAGUUUUAAAAGCUUAUUCCAGCGAGGGAGAGGAGGGGAGUGAAAUGACGAAAGAGGAAUCCGUUGACACGUCUAGUGUCGUAAACGUGAAGUUUCAUUUGAAGUUGCUGGAAGAGAUUAUUAGAUCUUCGAACGCCCGUGAACAACACAAGCAUCGCACAAAUAAGGCAUUAGCUGCCAUAGAGGAGAAACGAAGUCGGAUAGAUCUACAACGGAACAAAAAGGAUUCCGGACUAUUCCAAGACAAUAAAUCUCAGGUAGAAUUUGAAAUGGAAUCGUUGGAUGAAGACUAUGUCUUUGUUCCUGAUAACGAUGAAGAAGACGACGCGAAUACUUCACAUGAUGACUUGCUGGACAGCCUGAGCCACUCUGCAGUGUCCUUGGCUAUAGAAAAUGCCCAGAAGAAUUUAGAUGAAGAAGAAACAAUUGCUAGCUCAGGACAUGUUAAACGAAGAACCCUCCUAAUCGAGGAGCAGCUUCGGGAGAAGGGGUCGCCUGUUCGGAGGCACGUUUCUUUGCCGAAGUCAACCCGACCGGAAGAUCGGCCGGUGGUUCGUAAACGAUCCCUGUCAGACAUUACAGUAAAAACCCGCGAGUAAAAAAAUCAUGUUUGAGCUAGCCUGAACAGUUCCUUAUUUGAAUGGAAAAUCGCUACUUCAACAUGAAGGAUUCUUGCAUAGCUUUGCAGCUACAUCGCUAUUUUAUGAUGAUCUAGAAAAACAAGCACCUGUUUUUAAUCUUCUUGGCUAUUUUUUAGCUUGUUUUAGGGGGUGUAAAUAACACAUUGUAGGCUAACAAGUUCUUAAUUUUCAGGUUCUUAAUCGCGGGUUUUUACUGUACUGUACUAACACUCCCGACCCAUUCUUCAUAACCUUUAGAAAACUCCAUAAAAUAUCUUAAAAACAUAAUUUGGUAUGCUUGCUCAUGUAGAGGCCGUUGCAGGACGAUAGGCAGGACGCCACUUCGCCUUCUAUUUAAGCCUGCAACGCCCUGUAGAAGCUAGUUGGUAUUGUUAGGGACAAAGAAUCACUGGAACAGUAUAAAAAGAAUAACAAAUUUGAAAAUAUUACCAAGUUACUGUUUCAGUCGUUCUUUUUUUUCUGUGGCGAAAAGCCACGACAAGGGUAAAGCCUAACUAUGGAUUCUAAAAUCUGAAUAUUUAUAAUCCUCCUGUCUUAAUGUUCGUAGUGCUUUAGAAACAUAGCGUAGUAUUGAAAACUGGCAAAACAGGUAAAACCUGUCAGACGAGUUAUCACAUGAUAAACUAAAGCUGAAGCUUAAAAAAUUACGAGGGUGUGAAUAAAAUGUUUGUAUAUAUUUAUUGCUAGAAGGUCUUUAUAUUUUUAAUAUUGACAUUGGCGAAUUAGAACUAAAAUCGUUUUUUUUUCUACUUUGACCUUGUUGUACAGAUCUUAGAUUCAAUAAACAUUUUGUACUGAAAA